AUAUUCACUAUGGAUUAGUAAUAAGAGUGUUGAAUGGAUCCUAUUUUGUGGAGAGCUGUAAAUAUGGCUUUGAUGGAGGUGAGAAUAUAUAGUAUGGACUCUCGGGAUUCUUCCUCAAGUGGCAAUUUUUUUGUUCAGAGCCCUCGAUAACAUAUUAACAUGGAUGCAGGGAGAGGACUAUCCUAAUUUGUGGAAGGUAACCCCUGAGACAGCGGAUCAUCUUGAUAUUCAUUUUCGGCUCAUCUGCUUUUCGGGUAUAUUCCUGUCUCAGUUUGGUACUGCUUAUCCCUGUGAUCCAAGAAGUUUCCUUUCAUGGCACUCGAGGGCUUGGGGCAGGAGAACAAGCAGUGGAGGAUUAUCCCUAGAGCUAAUGUUGGGUGGAUCUUGUAGGAGAGACUGGGGAAUGUUUGACAUUUUGAUUGUUGGUGAACAUGGUGGCAAAAGGAUUGUCUUAUGUAGUAUGUUCUUGGAGUUCUGCAUUAGAGGACUUCAAUGGGUUGGGGUACAUAAUCUGGAUAUCUUAGUUUAGUUUUUUUACACCUAUGGGCAGCCGUUAUUUGUUGUACAUUGGUAUAGGUUUUUUAAACUUUAUUUAUGCAUUCUACAUACAAGAAAGCAAGGAUGUGCAUUUUAAAUUACAAUACUCUGUUUGCCUAUGUUAUCUGUUCAGUUAUUUUGUACUAAAGAUAUUUUGUUGCA